UAGAAACCGCUGGUAAGCUAAAUUGAGUCCCAAAUUGAUCGGCUAGUAAUACAAAUUUGCUUUGAGUUCUAUGCAAUAAACGCUGCCGAAUCCUGAAAUUUGAACCUGUGCAGAUGAGGCAAUAAGUAAGGUCUGUCAUGAGUUCCAAAGUAGAGGUGGAUGUUUCAGCCAAAGAAGAAGAUCCCACUUCUUUCACUGUCUCCAGUGACGCUCUGUCCUCCAAUGAUACCCUGUCACGGAGAACAUGCCCGCAGACCACCACAACACUUAUCCUGCCAGAACUCGGAAGCCUGGCCCCUCUUGGUACAGCCCCUGCUCCCAGUGCACAGAACGCGGAGGUCUCUUCAAGUGCAGUUGAGGGUAGUAAUGGAGCCACAGCUGGAGAGGUAGAGACGCCCACUCUGGCCCCCCAGGUUGGGGGGACCUGUAGCAUUGUCCAUGUGCUGGAGUGGAAAGAAGGGAUGGCCAUUUUACCCAGCAGUAACCUUAAGUUCUGUGUGAGUGACUGUGGAACACUGGAAAUGAUCAGCCCAGGGAAAAUCAGCAGUGCUGAAUCCGCAGUAGUGGUUUCUGGAAAAACGUCUGACUCCGAAAACAGGCCAACUAACAACACAGGUAGCCAACUGGCAAUUGAUGUCAUGUCUCCUCUCAACUCCGUGGGUGUUGUGGCCCCGGACCAGGAGAGGCCCCUCAAGAUUGAGUCUAAGACCCAGGGAGGGCCAGGAGCACUAGGAGGGCCAGGUGCACUAGGAGGGCCAGGAGGACUAGGACGGCCAAGCCAACUUAAAAACUGUGAUCCCAUGGCACAGAGAACCUACCCCGAGCAGCUACGCAGGGAGCCCAUGACUGAUAAGAGGGUGGGAGGUGCAGAGAAGAUACCAGGGGCCAGGUUGGCAUCUUUGGACCCUGAGCUGCUGAAACCCAUGAAGAAAAGGAAGAGGAAAGACUACAUGAGUCCGUCAGAGGAAGAGUCUGAGCUGGACGGCAUGGAUUAUUUAAAGACAGAAGUCAGACACAACAGAGCAGGGGCUGGUGAGGUCAAGGUGGAGCCCUGGACAUGGGCACAGUAUCUGGAGGAGACCAAAGCAGUGGCAGCUCCAGCUAAACUCUUUCAUGAGUCUCAGAGAGUCCCACAGUGCCGAAGCGGAUUCCGUCAGGGCAUGAAGUUAGAGGGCAUCGACCCACAGCAUCCCUCCAUGUACUUUGUUCUGACUGUGGCUGAGGUCUGUGGCUUCAGGCUGCGUCUCCAUUUUGACGGCUACUCAGAUUCUCACGACUUCUGGGUAAACGCCAACUGUCCCGACAUCCACCCGGCGGGAUGGUGCGAGAGCACCGGACACAAACUCUACACCCCCAGAGGCUGUAAAGAGGAGGAGUUUUCUUGGGCAAAUUACCUGAGAAUGAGUAAAGCACAAGUUGCCCCCGAAGAGGUGUUUGCCAGCCCUGGAAGAACGGAUAUGCAAUGUGGUUUCGAGGUGGGCAUGAAGCUGGAGGCGGUCGACCGCAUGAACCCCUCUCUGAUCUGUGUCGCGACUGUGACCGACGUGGUGGACGACCGCUUCCUGGUUCACUUCGACAACUGGGACGACACGUAUGACUACUGGUGUGAUGCCAGCAGUCCCUACAUCCAUCCAAUUGGAUGGUGCCAAGAGAGAAGCCUCUCCCUCACGCCACCUCAAGGUUACCCAGACCCAGGCAGGUUCUCUUGGCCAAGGUACCUGGAUGAGACUGGCUCUACCGCUGUGUCUGCUGACUCCUUUAAAGUGCGUCCCGCCCAUGGUUUCCAGGCUCAGAUGAAGUUGGAAGCAGUGGACAAAAGGAGUCCCGGCCUUAUCCGGGUGGCCACGGUGGAGGAGGUCGACACCCACCGCAUUAAGGUCCAUUUUGAUGGCUGGAGUCAUGUGUAUGAUGAGUGGAUGGACUCGGACAACCCUGACAUUCAUCCAGUGGGCUGGUGUGACAGUACAGGUCACCCUCUAAAAGUGCCCCCAUGUGAUUCCAACAAAACCCCAGACCUCGGCCCCAGAGAGCCUGCCACAACAGCCCAAUCCAGUUUCCCUUCCAUGCCCUGUAAAGGAAUCACCAACUCCAGAUCCAACAAGUACAGCUUCCAUCACAGGAAGUGUCCGACACCCGGAUGUGAUGGCUCGGGACACGUGACUGGGCGGUUUACAGCACAUCACUGUCUGUCAGGCUGCCCGUUGGCUGAGCGAAACCAGGGCAGACUCAAGACUGACCUAUCAGAUACAGAGGGGAGUGGAGCCAAGAGAAACAUCUUAGUCUUUGGCCAAAGGACCAAAAAGUCUCGGUACCAUGGCAGGAUUGGCCGGCCCCCCAAGUACAGAAAAAGCCAACAGAGAACAUACCAGACGAUGACCACAGAGGGGAUUUGCCCGUCUCUGUUCAUGUCUGCCUUGUCAGGUCACCCGGACCGAACCCUGUCUCUGUGCUGGGAGCAACACUGUAAACUGCUGCCUGGCGUCCAGGGCAUCCACGCUACACAGGUGGCAGCAUGGACAGUAGAGGAGGUCUUCGGAUUUGUACAGAAUCUGACUGGUUGUGAAGAACAGGCCUGUGUCUUCAAAGAGGAGAUGAUUGACGGGGAGGCCUUCCUAUUAUUGACACAGACCGACAUUGUGAAAAUCAUGAGCAUCAAGCUUGGUCCCGCCCUCAAAAUCUCCAAUGCUAUUUUAAUGUUCAAGAGUACUGACGAAGGUCUCAAGUGAUUGCGCCCUCACUUGACCAGAGACUGACCAAUCAUCAUGUGCCAAAUAAUUCAUUCAGAAUCCUACCCCUUUUUGUGUUUGGUGUUCAACACCCAUCAGAGAGAGAGCAUGAGAAGUGGUGGGAGACCAGGAAGAUUUGGGGUGAGAGGGCAUGGGAGAUGGGGACAGAAUUGAAAGAGGGAAAAAACAGGCCACAUGCCUAAGUACAGUUUUCUAUAAGGUUGCUUAACUGCUUGUGCAAUAAAAAUAGUCAAAUCAGAUGAAAUCUUACCUGAAAGUGUAAAGAGCAUCAAAUCUAUACUUUUAUAAGUAUGCAAAAUAUAUUAAAAACAUUUAUAUGUGAUUUAGUUGGAUGAAAUUAUGUUUUGUUCAGGAAUCAUGCUGCUGUACCUUUAGUAGGUCAGUAGAUAAAGCAAAUUGAAAGGUUUUAAUACCAGAAACGUUUUUAAAGCACUUAGAAAUGCUGAAAUUCAUUUGGAACAAAAAUAUCAAAAUAUUUGUGGUAUUUUUUGUUUUGUAUCUUGUUUAUAUUUUAUGUAGGUUUAUGCAAUGUACUUAUUGAAUGCUACAAGGGCUCCAGGAUUCUUGGAAAUACAUAUCUCUCUGGUGGGCGAACUGUGUCACUAUAUUCUUCGGUCAGAAUCAUUCAUUCCAUAUGAACAAAUAAAUGUCCAGUUCAAUUUCUUGUUUUGACUACAGUAAAUUGGUGAUGAAGUAAA